GCCUCAACUCGCUGUAGACAUCUGGACACUCCCAGAGAGAGAAAGGCAGAGAAGAUAAACUCCGAUAGGGAUGCUGUGGGGGAAAGAGGGGAGUGAGUAAGAGAGAGAGUGAGAAAGAGAAAGAGAGGUUGUAGAGAUAGAUAGUGGGACAGAGAGAGAGCGAGUGUGACUGUGACAGUGGAUUUGCCGGUACCUCAAACAUACAGGAAACUCUUCGCGCCCUCAGCAUCCUCUCCUCCUCGCCCCUGGACCAGCGCAAGACAAAUACUCAGCAGAUUUCUCCGUGACAUCGGGCUUUCGUCCACACAUAUCCAUAGAUAAACAAAGCCCAGAAAACCAUCAUGUUUUACUUUCACUGUCCCCCUCAGCUGGAUGGAGAAUGCUGUCGGACUAAUACGCUGAACACCAACGGGUUUGCCAACCAUGCGUCAGCAGGUGAUUUUGAUGACGGCUUUCUGCGGAGAAAACAACGUAGAAAUAGAACAACAUUUACUCUACAACAGUUGGAAGCUUUGGAGGCUGUUUUCGCGCAGACUCACUACCCGGAUGUGUUCACGCGCGAGGAACUGGCCAUGAAGAUCAACCUGACAGAGGCGCGUGUCCAGGUGUGGUUCCAGAAUCGCAGGGCCAAGUGGAGAAAGACAGAGAGAGGGAGUACAGACCUUGACGGAGGGAAGGAGCCGAUGAACGAGGGAGGCACUCCUCCGUCCAGGAGUCUGAACUCCCAGUCUCCUGUGGACCAGAGCAGGAAACAGAAGGAACCUUUGGAGAUGCAGCAGAGUAUAAACCGAGCGGUGGGUCCUGGUGGUCCGUUCUUCCCCUCCUGUCUACCAGGAACCCUCCUGAACUCAGCCACCUAUGCCCAGGCUCUGUCACACGUUGCCACAAUGAAGGGAGGUGGUCUGUGCUCAUGCUGUGUUCCUGACCCCAUGGGCCUGUCCUUCUUGCCCCCCUACGGUUGUCAGGGCAACCGUACGGCCAGUGUGGCAGCCCUGCGGAUGAAGGCCCGGGAGCACUCUGAGGCCGUGCUACAGUCAGCCAACCUGCUGGGGGCCGGCCAUGGGACUGGAGUAGGAGGCCUGUCGGGGCUUGGAGUGUCUGGGGUUGGGGCUGGGUUGACGAGGCCCGGGAUGGGCCCUGCCCUGGGAGUAGUAUCUGGAUCAGUGUUGGGCGUCUCUGGAGCCGUGGGGAGAGGCUCCAGAGAUGAGGCUUCCAGCCCAGGCUCCAAGACCCCGACUCAGGGUACCGGGUCUGACAAACACCCCCUCUGCCCCAAGGAACCACUGGAGAAAAAGUGAGUGUCUAUGUUGCUGCCCAGAGGAGACAGACGUACAGACAGUGUGGAUGUACAGACAGACGGAAGGACUAGGACUUAAACUCCUGUGGUGUGACUGUGCCUAUUGUUACAACCACCCUCCCUCUACCUACUCCUCCUAAAGCACAACUAUGGACCUUGUCCUAUUACUACUGGAGCAGGGAGAGGAGUGGUUACCCAGAUAUCAUACUCUAUGGAUUCAACUAUCAAGAUAUUGUAUGAGUGUGAUUUAUUUAUUGUGGGUUAAUAUUGCUGAAUAUCGUGGGGCCGUUGCGGUCCCCUUAUAAGCACACGUACUGUACGUAGCUCUUGGCGCUGUGUCAUUUCUCAUGGACUCUACAUGGACUCUGAAUAAACUGUGUGUGUGUGUGUGAUGGAGACUGCCACCCUGGCUAAUAAUGUGAAUCUGAGGCAUUUCCCCUUCUCUCUCAUCUUGGCUACACACUCUCCCUUGUGUAUUAGGGUACAGAAAGUCACCAGACAAUGUGACAUGUUAUGUUCCUCUUCUUUUUAACACAUGUAAAACACGAGGUGAAAUAUUGACAAUUCUAUAGUCAUGGUCAUCAAUGUUCAGGAUUUUAAGCCAGCGACCAGAGAGAACGCUAACUACUGAUUUAUUGAUCGGUCUCGUUUAACUGACAGUGGCAGUGCACAUAAAUCAACGUGUUUGCUUUUACAUUGAUGUUAAAGUGUCACAGUUGAAGCUAAUGUUGCUCUGUGGUCCCUUGGCUAUGCUAACAGGGUAGGCUAACAGAUAUGAUGACACAACAGUGGUGUUGAUAUCAGGGCUGUUGCUAAUAGCAGUCUGUUAGCACGUCUGUGGCGUAACUAGCGUUAGCCGACCCUGGAUCACUUUGGUCCUGUUGUGACAUGUUCUCUAAAACAAUUAAAGAUGUAGUCUCUCCUGUUGCCUACUGCCACGGACAUCUGCUCCUAUCCAUUAUUCAUCCGUUUCCCUUAAAGCUGGAGAAACUAGAGGAGAGCAAUCAUUGUUCUUAUUAUUUAUUUACUUUUAGGAAUGCCACUCAUGGCCUCCUCUGUCUCUAUCUCUUGCCUUCUCUCUCUCUCUCUCUC